GCCACUUUUAAGCCUCUGAAUAUUUUGGAGGCCAUGGCACCUUUUAUGCUGGUUGGCAUUGCCUCACUUGUGUUGCAUUGUCUAGCUCAAGGCCAAGUGCCCCAGCCUCUGGUAAUUGAUCCUAGUGGUCGCUGGGAUGGCUUGGACGGACCUUGGUCUACAUUCUAUGUUGGGGUCGGCAGGCCACUUCAGAGCUUUCGAGGCGUCCCCGGAAUCAACUCGGCAAUCACCCUGCUUCCUACUGAGUGUGAUAAUGUGACACAACUUUCAGAAGGUCUCCGUGAGGCCUGUGGAAGUAGGACUACGUUUCGGGACCGUGACUCAACCUCCUGGCUGAACGCGGGAAUAUUUGAGAUCCCGCAGAACUAUUUCGAUCCUUCGAAUCUAACGCUUGGGAGCAGAUUGGGUUUAGAUACGUUCUGGUUUGGGACAGAUACGACGCAGUUUCUAGGGCUACCAGAAAGCUACGUGUAUUGCAUAUCGAGUCCAGAAUUCUUUGUACCUGUCUUUGGUCUGACAAUUGGCGCUUUCGGGGUACAGCAACUCACAAAAUUAACCAUCUUGUCAGGUUUGGCAGAGAAUGGCCGAAUCUCCAGUUUGAGCUUUGGCUACACUGCUGGUUCAAAUGGUAGUAAGCGCCUUAUUCCGGUGCACGGUAUUAUCGGUGUUGACACGACUGCAGAAAAUAAAUCGGGAAGCCUGAUUCUGGGAGGGUAUGAUGCUUCGCAAGUCGAUCCAAAAACUGCCUUGAGUGCAACGAUGCCGAAUGCCAUAAAUACGACCAUGUUGGUGAACGUCAAAGCUGUCAGUAUAUCUGGUUACACCUCGAGCAGCACAUGGACGCCAGCACCAUUCGUCAUCGACUCGGUGUUACCGCAAAUAUGGAUGUCCAUAGAGGCGUGUAAGAUGUUUGAGGAGGCGUUCCGACUGUCAUGGAACGCUGACCUGCAGGUCUACACCAUAAACGACACAACACACGAUCAACUACUUCGAGAAAGCCCCACCGUUACGUUCACCGUUGGAGCUAAACUUGAGGGCGGAAGCACAAGGAACUACACUCUGCCGUACUCUGCAUUUGACUUGAUCCUCUCGCCUCCGCUUGUUACUAGAGAAACUCGCUACUUUCCCCUGAAGCGAUCUCAAAACGGCAUCAACAUCCUUGGUCGAGCCUUCCUACAGGAAAUAUACAUUAUCGUGGAUUUCGAACGGAUGAACUUCACUAUCAGUCAAGCUGUUGUCGCAGAAACAAGAGACAUCAUCACGAUUUACAACAGCUCAUAUACACCUGCACCGAGCCAAGAUGUAACCCCACCUUCACCUAAGUAUCUUUCAGCAGGUGCUUAUGCGGGCAUUUCAAUAGGGGCUGCACUGGCUCUCUUCUUGGUCACUAUAUUGUCCUGUGCCUGGAAGAAGGGAUGGUGGUUCUUCCGCAAGAAGAGCUCAGAGCGGGAUCGAUUCGACAAAGCCGAGCUGCAUGACAAUGCAAUACCAAGAGUGGAGGCCAUGGAGAAGGAAAGAGCGGAGCUACCAGCCAACGAGCAGAGUCUAGAAGUCGCGGGAUCGCAUCCACACCCAGACAUUGAAGGGAUCCAUGGUCUACAUGAGCUGCACAGCGAAACGAGAACAAGCUAGACUUCUAAAACUUCGAUGUUCGUCGCUCCGCCGUGGGCGACUUUGCGGAUAGGUAAGGAAGCUACACGGUGCUUGACGAAGGAUUGCAGUGUCGUUGCUGCAGUCCUAGGAAUGACUCGCUUUUGACCGAAGAUCAAUAUCUGCGCGCGCGGACACGGAAUCGCGGCCCGAUAUAGAGCCAGCGAUUACCGUUCGCGCUUUUCCAAGUCGAAAUACGGAUAUUACCCUGCCUAAGAAGCAGGACGUUCGGAAGUACACGAGGCUGU